GCACACACACACGCACACAGCUUUAUUCUCUCCAGCAGCCAGAGAAAUGUACAAGAGAAGUGCGGAACAGCCCUGCAAAGAGGGUGGUGGAUGCCAGGGGCACAGCCUCUAAGCAGCUGCAAGACCCAAGGACCUACUUCUACUUUGGAACAAGAAACUUCUGGGACAAUUGCAACAACUUGUUGGUCCCCAACGCAAGGCUUCUGCACUUUUCCAAAGAGUGGGUUUGAAAUUUCCAUUGGGUGGAGGCAGCAGGCAGUCUGAGCUGUACCAGAGGAGUGAACAACCCACCUCCUUUUCCCUUCCUAGGAAAUCCAAAGCCGGCUUGAUCUUCUACCCUUGGAUUUCUUUUCUUUUUCCUUUUCUGAUUUUAAUUUCUUUGCUUCUCAUGGUGUGAGAAGAGGUGCAGGAGCUACAAUGGAGGGCAAACAACAUGUGUGCCCCAAAUUCUUGGCGGUGAUGUUGUGCCUUGCGCUGCUGCUUUCCUGCCCACCUUUGGGAUGGGCGAAGAGACGCUGGAGAAGGACGUCGCACCUGAAGCUGGCAGAAAAAUACGAUGACUAUGAGUAUCCCCUUCAUUCUCAUGGCACUCCCUACCAGAAGAAUGACCGUUGCCCCCCUCCGCCCCAGACUCUGCCGGACCAAGCAUGCGAGGUGCCUAGUUGCCGCUCUGACUCCGAGUGCGAGAGACACAAGCGAUGCUGCUACAACGGGUGCAUCUAUGCCUGCUUAGAGUCAGUGCCACCACCUCCAGUUUUAGAUUGGUUGGUGCAGCCGAAGCCACGUUGGUUGGGAGGCAAUGGCUGGUUGCUUGAUGGACCUGAGGAAGUUUUACAAGCUGAAGCUUGCAGCACCACUGAGGAUGGAGAUGAGCCCCUACAUUGUCCAACAGGAUAUGAAUGUCACAUUAUCAACCCUGGCAAUGCUGCUGAGGGCAUCCCCAAUAGGGGCCAGUGCAUCAAGUUACGAGGAAAUUCAGAUGGAUGGAAUCUAAGGCCUAAACAUUAUAAGGAAUACUUUGGAGGCAGUUCCAAUAAUGUGGUGGGUUAUGUGAAACAGCAACAGAAGCGCAUCAGUUAAUUCAAGUCAAGUCUCAAGGAGAACGAGUCGUGGAGCGAAAAUGCAUGAGUACAAUAUGAUUUGCAGUUAGGCUGUUCUACAGUCUAGGAUCCUGGUUUCCAUCAUCAUGGACCUCCAUCAUGGGUUCCUUGAGAGUCAAGCAUUGUUCCUGUUGUUUCUCGGGAGCCACAAAACCAACCUGAGGGCCACAUCAUUCCCAUCCCCAAUGUAAAGAAUAUGGAGAGUGUCAGGUUUGCUAGGAGAGAGUGGCUUUUACUCCAUUCUUGGGAAAGUUACUUUUUUGGACUAUGGUGGGCCUUCCACAUUCAUUGAGGUUAGGGGCACAGGACCCCCAUGAAAGUAGAAAACCCACAAAU